UAUCUAACCUACCUACCUAACCUACCUAAAUCAACUAGGUUAGGUUAGGUAGGACCGUAGGUACCUCCUUAGGUACCUAAGGCAGUGUAAGUUCCUUGUUAUCACCAAGUACAAACAUCUUUUCUAUUUCUAUCCCUCUCCCUUUUAAAUUCUCCGUCGACGAUACACGUCCCUGUCGACUUCGGUUACGUCACUUGCAUCGUGUCACAACAUCUGGCUAUCUACCUAAUUUAUCCAUUAUUCAUGUUGAGAUCCUGGGUGCAUAAUUCACUACGCGUUUGGGUUAAGCAUAGGUUGGAACUGGUACACUUGAAGGAGGAUUAAAUGGAAUUCCAUUGAGCGGGCAUAGUCUUACUGGGCUUAUGAUAUCUCACCGCACUGCUCCUGUCCUGAUUACAACGGGAAAUUUGAAGAAUCAGCAAGGGUUUAUUUUGGGGUUUGGAAAUAAGACCAGGCACCUGCGUUUGGGUUAUAUCAAGGAAAAGAGGGCAAAUCACCAUGGCUCCCCCAGGGAACGAGAAGAACCAGUUAUUUCUGGGCUUGUUCAUACAUAGUGUCAAGCUCGGCGAGCUCCAAUAUCUGCAUGACACCGCAGUCUGCGUGGACAAGUCCGGCAAGAUCGUUGCUGUUGAGCAGCAGUACGAUCAGAAAAAAGCCGAGGACACUCUAUACCCCAAGCUAGGCUGGAAAGCAGACGACGUCACCGUCACAACAGCAAAAGAUGGACAGUUCUUCUUUCCGGGGUUCAUUGAUACACAUAUUCACGCGCCACAGUAUCCCAACGUAGGCAUAUUCGGCAAGUCUACGCUCCUAGACUGGUUAAACACCUACACUUUUCCCAUGGAAGCAUCCCUCUCCUCGCUCCCCAAAGCUCGCAGAGUAUACACACGCUGUAUCCAGCGAACCCUAGCCCACGGCACCACCACCGCAGCCUACUACGCCACAAUCCACGUGCCGUCUACAAACCUCCUCGCGGACCUAUGUCUCUCCCUAGGCCAGCGCGCCUUCGUCGGCCGCGUGUGCAUGGACAACCUCGGCCCAGACUACUACCUCGACGAAUCGCCGUCACAGUCCCUAGCCGCGACACGUGCCACUAUCGACCACAUCCGGAGCAUCGAUACAGAUUUCGAUCUCAUAAGCCCGAUCCUAACGCCCCGCUUCGCGCCCGCAUGUAGCGUAGACGCCAUGACCCAGCUCGGCGCAUUACACCGGGAAACCAACCUCCCGAUCCAGACGCACAUUGCGGAGAACGUCGACGAGCUGAAGCUCGUGCGGGACAUGUUCCCCGACAGCAAGAACUACGCCGACGUGUACGACCGCUUCGGGUUGCUAGGCAAGCGCACAAUCCUCGCGCAUGCGAUUCACUUAAGCGAGGAGGAGGCCGACCUCGUCGCGCGCCGCGGGUCCAAGGUCUCCCAUUGCCCGUGCAGCAACUCGGCGCUGACGAGCGGCGUGGCGCGCGUGCGCUGGCUGCUGGAUAAGGGGGUUGGCGUGGGCCUCGGCACCGAUGUUAGCGGCGGAUAUAGUCCCAGCGUACUCGAUGCCGCGCGCCAGGCCGCUCUCGUGUCGAAUCAUCUCGCUAUGCCGCCGCGAGCCGGGAAGAAGCAGAUAGACGCCGACGCCGAAGCUGACACGACUCCUGAAGACGGCCGUGAGCUCGUCCGGUUAAGUGUCGAGGAAGUACUACAUCUAGCUACGCGGGGCGGCGCCGAAGUCGUCGGGUUGGGAGGCAAGAUCGGAGGGUUCGAAGUAGGCAAGGAAUGGGACGCACAGCUAAUCGGACUCGGACUCGUUCCCGAAGAAGACGACAGCAUAGAAUUAAAACGAGAUGAGCAAGGCCAAGACCAAGAUACCGGAAACGUGGAUAUCUUCGGCUGGGAGCGAUGGGAGGACCGCGUCGCGAAGUGGGUGUUCAACGGCGACGACCGGAACGUGAAGAAAGUCUGGGUGCGCGGACGGCUUGUGCAUGAGCGAAGAUAGAGACAGAGAGAGAGAGCGAGCGAUACCUGGCGCAGUUUUUAACUUAGCUUACCUUAGAUCAUGUGCUGUAGAUAGCUAGAUACAUAGACAAAGCUUGUGUUUAUACGUACAUACCUAAACCUACCUACUUAUUACUAUAAUUCGAUACGUUAUGGUAUGUGUAUACUCCCAUUUUCUCCUAGG